AGCUACAAAACUAAGAAGCACCUUCAGCGCCAUGUUGAUGUGGUGCACAGGGGCAUCAAGGACUAUCAGUUCAAGUGUGAGUACUGCCACCAGCAGUUCUUCCUUGCCAGGCAGCUCAGAGACCACAUCACCUGGCACCACUUCAAGGAGAAGCCAUACCCUUGUAAAUAUUGUGGCAAGGUAAGAAUUCUGGGGGCGUUCUUUCUAAUCACAUAGUACUACAGUUGUAUUGGUAACAAAUUUAAGUGUCUCAGACCAUAUCACUAAUGUACUAAUCUAGAUGUAUAUAAUUUUAUGACAUUAAUAGUUUGAAUUUCCUGCACUACCUCUAGUACAUGCGAUCUCAGAGCUGGAUUAUUGGGAAGAGUCAAAAUAUUUAAAAAGAGCUGCUGACAUUAUUGCCAUAGUUCAUCCAUGUACUGGUCCAUGCAGGAGUACAGUUCAUGCAUGUACUGGUCCAUGCAGGAGUACAGUUCAUCCAUGUACUGGUCCAUGCAGGAGUACAGUUCAUGCAUGUACUGGUUCAUCCAUGUACUGGUCCAUGCAGGAGUACAGUUCAUGCAUGUACUGGUUCAUGCAGGAGUACAGUUCAUCCAUGUACUGGUCCAUGCAGGAGUACAGUUCAUCCAUGUACUGGUUCAAGCAUGCACUGGUUCAUCCAUGUACUGGUUCAUGCAGGAGUACAGUUCAUGCAUGUACUGGUUCAUGCAGGAGUACAGUUCAUCCAUGUACUGGUCCAUGCAGGAGUACAGUUCAUCCAUGUACUGGUUCAUGCAGGAGUACAGUUCAUGCAUGUACUGGUUCAUGCAGGAGUACAGUUCAUGCAUGUACUGGUUCAUGCAGGAGUACAGUUCAUGCAUGUACUUGUUCAUGCAGGAGUACAGUUCAUGCAUGUACUGGUUCAUGCAGGAGUACAGUUCAUCCAUGUACUGGUCCAUGCAGGAGUACAGUUCAUCCAUGUACUGGUUCAUGCAGGAGUACAGUUCAUGCAUGUACUGGUCCAUGCAGGAGUACAGUUCAUCCAUGUACUGGUCCAUCCAGGAGUACAGUUCAUCCAUGUACUGGUUCAUGCAGGAGUACAGUUCAUCCAUGUACUGGUCCAUGCAGGAGUACAGUUCAUCCAUGUACUGGUCCAUGCAGGAGUACAGUUCAUCCAUGUACUGGUCCAUGCAGGAGUACAGUUCAUCCAUGUACUGGUCCAUGCAGGAGUACAGUUCAUGCAUGUACUGGUCCAUGCAGGAGUACAGUUCAUGCAUGUACUGGUCCAUGCAGGAGUACAGUUCAUCCAUGUACUGGUCCAUGCAGGAGUACAGUUCAUGCAUGUACUGGUCCAUCCAUGUACUGGUCCAUGCAGGAGUACAGUUCAUGCAUGUACUGGUUCAUGCAGGAGUACAGUUCACGCAUGUACUGGUUCAUGCAGGAGUACAGUUCAUGCGUGUACUGGUCCAUGCAGGAGUACAGUUCAUGCAUGUACUGGUCCAUGCAGGAGUACAGUUCAUGCAUGUACUGGUCCAUGCAGGAGUACAGUUCAUGCAUGUACUGGUUCAUGCAGGAGUACAGUUCAUGCAUGUACUGGUUCAUGCAGGAGUACAGUUCAUGCAUGUACUGGUCCAUGCAGGAGUACAGUUCAUGCAUGUACUGGUCCAUGCAGGAGUACAGUUCAUGCAUGUACUGGUCCAUGCAGGAGUACAGUUCAUGCAUGUACUGGUUCAUGCAGGAGUACAUAUUUAAAUAAAUUAACUGGUAAAAGAAAGCAAAAUAUAAGAAAAAGGUUUUGCUAAACGUGAAUGAAUAGAAGAUAGGACAAUGGAUUUGGACUGAAUGAAUAGACAGGACAAUGGAUUUGGACUGAAUGAAUAGACAGGAAAAUGGAUUUGGACUGAAUGAAUAGACAGGACAAUGGAUUUGGACUGAAUGAAUAGACAGGACAAUGGAUUUGGACUGAAUGAAUAGACAGGACAAUGGAUUUGGACUGAAUGAAUAGACAGGACAAUGGAUUUGGACGUUCUUCUAUUUCAUUUACACAACUUGAAUGCAGUCCAUCAGUUAUUAAAAGAAAGCACUUUCCUUUCUUUGCCAGGGUUUUGUGUGUCGACCCACACUGAUACGUCACCAGAGGAAAGACCACACAGGAGUCAAGCCUCACAAAUGCCAUUAUUGUGAUGAGGCUUUCAUUGAUAAGGUAAGUUGUGGAAUAUAGACAUUUUAAACAUCAGUUCUUAAUAAUGGGUGCCAGCACCCCCUGGUUGUGUGGGAAGCAGUGUCAGGGAGUACAGAGAGACCCAGAAAAAUCAGGUUUAUUCACAUUUUUAUUAGCAUUUGUAAUCCUGAUGGGUGGGGGUGGGGAAUAUGUUUUGAAAUAGUGAUGGGGGUGUUGGAAAUAUUUGAAAAUAAAAAGGCGGUGCCCCGCAGCAAAAUAGCUUAAGAACCCCCGAUCUAAGCAAAUAAAGAAUGGUGAUUCAUGUUAUAAUUAAGCUAGUCCUUUGAUUGAUGUUGAAAAGACUGCUGGUCUUCAAGCUUUAAAUAUCCAGAACCUUGGACAGUGUGAUGCCAGAAAAGCAAAAUGAGUGAAAACCACUUGGGGGGUCCUAGAUUUCAGUCCUUUGUUAAUUUUUUUUUGUGUGGAUAAAAAGGUGGUUAAAUAUAAACCCCACUAGGUCUAAUCCUACCAACUGUCCCAAUUGGCAGUAGCAAUUUUUGGUAGGACAAUAAUGAGACUAAUAACGUCUAAAGACUUUAGCAGCUGGGAAUACUUAAAGACCCUGGAAGAGCAUGAGAAGUCAAGGAACGACAGACAGCACAUGAUGAACAGGAAAGAGCCUGUAUUAUGUCUUAAAAACAGCUAAAAUCUUGACAAAUAGUUGCUAGCUUUAAUGGAAAACAAGGGCUUAAUUAACGUGCUGAGUUAGAGCUUAUCAUAGCAAUUAGACUGUUUUUUUUUUUUGCUUGACUACAAAAAAUUGAUAGAAGCUUUCGCAAGCGGCAAAGAGCACAGUAUUCCUCUUAAAGGAACCGUUAAAUAAUUUGAUAUGAUUAACUUCUGUUUUGUUUUUUGGGGGGGGGGGAGGGGGGUUCACUUAAAAAAAACCUUAAAUACGGACGCAACAUAAACGAUAAACAUUAAAUGAAGGCGGCAAAAAACCGAUGCGGCAAAGAGCACAGUAUUCCUCUUAAAGGAACCGUUAAAUAAUUUGAUAUGAUUAACUUCUGUUUUGUUUUUUGGGGGGGGGGGAGGGGUGUUCACUUAAAAAAAACCUUAAAUACGGACGCAAAAUAAACGAUCAACAUUAAAUGAAGGCGGCCAAAAACCGAAAAGUGGGAGGGGUCUCCAGAAGUCAUGCCAGGGUUCUGAUUCAAGAGACAAUAACUACAAUUUUUCAGUAUACUUGAUAUACGCUCAUCUAUACAACUUUUAUUAAUUAUUAUUAUCAUUUAAUUGUUUAUUUGCAGAAAAAUCUAGAUACCCAUGAGGUCAAAGUUCACCUUGGUGUCUACCCAUUGAGUUGCCUGGAAUGUGGCAAGGGCUUCAUCCAUGGCAGUGCCCUGCGUUCCCACCUGUCGCUGCACAGCAAUCAACGUCCCCAUCAGUGCCAUAUCUGCGGCAGUUGCUUCACAAAGACCAACCACUUGAAGAGGCACACAAAGAGCUGCCUCAAGAGGAACGUACCUGAGCCGCUUUCUCUAGACCUGCAGAGCCUUCCGGUCUUGCAGCCUCGCCCCCCUUCAGACCUAACACAAUACCUCCUCCCACAGGCCGGCGAUGCCAAUGUGUUACAGUUUCCAGUGCAGAGCCUUCCGGUCUUACAGCCUCACCCCUCUUCAGGCUUAACACAAUACCUCCUCCCACAGACCGGCAAUGUCAAUGUGUUACAGUUUCCAGGAACUCUUCAUGAACAUUCCAACUAGCAUCAAUCUGAAAUGAGGAUUUGAAACUUUUAAUCGGAGUUAAAGACACGAGCACGUGACAUCACAUCACACUGGUGAGGGAGAGUGAAAUCUAAUUUCACCCGAUUUUUUUGUGUUCUAUCAGAGAUGAAGGCUUCCUUUCUCUCUGACCUUCACCUUAAAAGCUCCAAUAACACAACACUUGCCCUCGUUCAGUUUGCUGACAAUUUAGAACGUGUCAUUGCCACUCAAUUUAUAUGGUGUGUUGAAUUCUAGUUGUUCUGUUCAAUUCAUGUGUUAAAAACACUUUUACAAUAAACCCGGUGUCCCUCAAGCAUAAUUAUAACUUAAUGUAUAUCUGGAAAUGUUUUUGAAGGAAAUUUGUUAGAAUGGAAC